AUGUGGAUUUAUCAGGCUGUAACAAAUGUUGGGGUUCAGGUGUUGGUCCUUAUUGCCCUUGGGUACCUUUUUGCGCGCUUCAAGCUCCUCGAGCAAGCGAAAUUUUUGCCCCAAUCAAAUUUCGUUGUCUUAAUGCUGGCUUUGCCUGCCUUCAAUCUGUACCUCAUGGGCAUCAAGCUCGACCUGCAGAACCCCGAGCCAUGGAAGUCUCUUGCAGCUUUCCUCCUCUGGGUCUUCCUGGUCCAGGCCUGCAUUUUGGCGUAUACGUGGCGUUUCUGUGGUGGAGAUGCAGGGGAAGCUGCAGUAAUAAAUAUGGUGCUAUUAAUGGACAACUACGCCAUCACGGGGCUUCUGGCGCUGAACGCCACUCUGGGUACCAAAUGGGGGACUCUGGCGCUUCUAAUGGCCAUGGGCUUUUUCCUCGUCAUUUUCCCCUUCUCUCUGGCGGCAUUUGAGUGGGAGAAGUGGGCCGUGCAGCAGCACGUGGAGGCAAUCGCGGAAGCAGCUGCUGUCGACAUUGAGGCCGCGGCAGCGGCUGCAGCAGAGGCGGAGGGGGUGGACGGCGUGAAACAGCCGCCGGAGGCAUCCGGCUUUAACAAUCAGCCACUGCUCCUGGCUGGCACGCCACCGCCACAAGGGCUGCCGCGCUGCACGGAGAAUGGUGUCGAUCUUGAAGGGCAUGUUCCUAAGGCCGAUGGCGAAGUGGAGCUGUCUGUGUGUCUGGAUGCUGACCAUGUUCAACCACAGCGGCAGCCGCCAUCCGAUGGCUCCAAGCCCUCGGCAAACGGCGGCGCUGAUGCUGGCGUUCUGGUCCCCACGUCGAGGGGAGUUGACCAGGGCGGCGAGAGUCAGCAAGAUGAGAGCAGCUUUCCGCACGAAAGCAGGUACUGCUGGUGGAGCAAUGUGGACUACCGACCCGUACGCCCCCUUCUGGGCAGCGAAGUCGCUCCGAGUUCGCAGCCUUUACAACGAACUGCAGCGAAACAGCAGUGGCAGCCCCAUCGCCGCCAAGGGCUGCUACCAGAACAACUCCGCCGACAGCAGCAGCAACUACGGACAGGUGCCUAUGUGCCGCCGGUGCUACUGCCAGCGCCGCCCGCGGGCAUCACCUCGCCUGCUGGGUCCAGCCACCCCCUCGUGUCUCCAUUCGAGGCCCGGGCGACUGCUGCCUUUUCUAAUGACGUGGCAAUAGGCACUGCGCUGGAGAGGGGUCCACAGCUGCAGCCGGCCACGGCUCUGGCAUCGGCUGGGCGGCGACCUGUGACGGUCAGCAGCGUCCCGUCCCAGAGUCAGACUCCCAGGAGCGGCCUGGUGGAGCACCGCAGGAGCUCCCUGUUGGCAUCCGUGUUUGAGCGGCUGGCAGCAGCUGGCUCGGGCCAGCUUCCGUUUGGUGACUUGGGCAGGACGGGAAUCGUUACGCUCCCUCCUGAGCCCGAGAGGCCCAGACUACAGGACUUGGAGUUUGCCCUGACACACCAGCUGUCGGGCGGAACCGCAAGCCAGCUAGCUCGUAUCAGUCGAGGAUAUGCGGCAGCCGCUGCAGCAGCCACCGCUGCAGCGGCCAGCCCCGAUGCCAACCUUCGGCGCAUGCUGCUGGGGGCCGCUGGGGCUGGAGGUCGCAGCCCACGUCAGAUGGCUUCGGCUGCCUCCCGCCAGGGUAGUGAACCAGUUGGACUGACACACCUGGCAGCCGCUGCAGGCCCUGCCGUGGGCAUUGCGACGCCUGGCAGGGCUCCAGGUAGCAUGCCCCGGACGGGGAUAAUGCAGCCUCCGCCUUCCGCCUCGACAGGAAAGGGGGGAAUCGGAGGCCUCGGGCCGUUAGUGCUAUCGCAGCAGCCUCAGGGUGGUGGUGCAGGCGACGCCGGCACCACGGGGACCUCAGCCGCACCUACCACGCUGGCUUCCCUGGAGUCUGGCGACUCCAUAGGGCCCCCACUGCGCCCUCCUAUGCCGGAAAGCACCGAUAGCGAUGCGGCGACGGCAGCGAUCAAGUAUUCUGAGCUCGCUUGCCCUACAUUAAGCCAACAGAUAGCCUCUAGCGCUGCCGCGCCGUGGCAUGCGGCAUCGGCUCAAUUGCGGCCACCGGCAGCUGAAGGACAUCUGUCCAGCAUGAGCACUCCUAUGUUUAGCUUCGAGCGGCAGUCACAGCAGCGGCGGCCCGCUGCCGCAACAGGGCCAGCCAACACUGCGGCCGGGGCGUCAGAUUUCCCCCGUCAAUGGGGUACUGUAAACCGGUCAGCAUCGGAUACCGGCCAAGUGGAUAAGAUGCUGCUGAAGCUGGCGUCCGGCCUAGCACUGGACACUGCCAUGCGGCGCACCGUGUCGGGACAUGGCGACCGCAGCCCUCUGCUGGCGGAAAUCGACCCCAACGUGCUCGUGCAGCUCGCAAGCGCCGUUGCUGUGCCGGACUCGGGUGACCUGAGCGCCUUGGCGGCUGCCGACAAAGAAUUGGUGCGAGAGGCCACCAGAGAGGCGCUGCGGCGGCAUGGGGGCGUGGCGCGGGCCUUCGCUGCGUUUGUGUCAGGACACCCACAACUUUGGCACAUCGUAUCCACAUUGGCCCGGAAUCCCAUGAUUUGGACCAUGUUUGUGGCGAUGACGGUAUCGGUCAGCGGCCUGCGCGUGUUCCUUGACCCCGCAUCCCCGAGGUACCGUCCCGAGGUCGGCUGGAUAGCAGGGUCACUAUCCUGGAUUAACGGCCUGGUGGUGCCCAUUUCCAUCUUCUCAAACGGAGCUUGGAUGUACAGCAAACCAUUGCUACCCAAGGGGGAGGUGGUGAAGGUCCUGGUCCUGCUGCUUAUUAAAGUGGGAGCUCUGCCCCUUCUGAUGGCGGGCUGCGCGCUGCUGGUGAAGCUGGACGAGCAGCACGUGGCUGCCAUGACGGUACUCACGCUGUCGCCUGCGGCGGCCGCCAGCUUCGUCCUUGCCGUACAGUACGGCCGAGGAGUGGAAUUGGUUUCGCUUACCAACAUUUUGGGGAAUAUUUUCCUCACGCCGCUGCUGAUCAUGUGGCUCAAAGUGCGUUUGCCAGGACGGGUGGUGGAUCGUGUGGCAACUGCAAGGGGCUUUCUGUCGGGCUGCAAGGACACGCGCAAGGGACCAGAUGCAAUGUGCUCCGGAGACCACCUUGUAUUUGUUGCUAUGGGAUGA